AUGGCCGUCAACUGCCUCUACGUCGCCGCCGCCUCCACGGCCGCAAGCGCCGCCGCGCUGCAGUGGUGGGCCGCCUCCCUCCUCGACGGGGAUGCCGCCGCCGCCGCCGGGGACUCGCUCCACACCCUGCUGCGCUCGCACGUCACCGUCGCGCUGCUAGCGAAUCUCGCCGCGCACCUCUUCCUCCUCAUCGUCAUAGCCCUCAAGACUUUAUUUUUUGUUCAGUUAACUUCUUCAGAGACUAGAAAAGUGCUGGAACACAUCAUUAACUAUGUAAUUUAUAAGGGAACUUUUCUCCCAUUGGUUGUGCCUCCUAAUUCUCAACAAAUAAUCCUUUGGUCAACUUGGUUGGUCCUUCUUUGUUCACUGAAGAUGUUCCAAUCAUUGGCCAGAGAACGUCUUGAGCGCCUCAAUGCGUCACCCUCAGCAACUCCAUCAAAAUAUCUUCGUGUAUAUUCUGCAUUGUUGUUUGUUCUUUCGACUGAUCUACUAUGGAUGAAGCUUUGUGUAGGGUUCUGCAGGGCAUGCAAUUCUAAGUUAUUUUGGCUUAUGUUCUUUGAGCCACUUAGUAUUGCCUUUGAGUCAUUGCAGUCUAUCAUGGUGCAUGGAUUUCAGUUGUUUGACAUUUGGCAGCGACAUCUGAUGGACAGUGGUGUGGACUAUCUGGAUUUCCAGAAGACUUAUAAACAAGCAGCAGGAUCCUUUUCUGAGUGGAGAGGCAAAGUUAUCAGGAAUUUUGGUUUCGUCAUUGACUUGAUGAGCUUGUUGAUGUCACUUGGUCAUUAUUCGAUGAUCUUUUGGCUCCGUGGUAUGGCGUUUCACCUGAUUGAUGCAGUUCUCAUAUUGAACUUGCGUGCUCUUGUAAUUUCAUUUUUGAAAAGGAUCAAGACGUACAUCAAGUUAAGAAAGGCGCUUCGUUCGCUGGAUGGAGCACUUCCAGAUGCUACAUAUGAUGAAAUCUGCACAUAUGAUGAUGAGUGUGCCAUCUGCCGGGGACCAAUGGCUCGAGCUAAAAAGUUGUCCUGCAACCAUCUAUUUCAUCUACCUUGCUUGCGAUCUUGGUUGGAUCAAGGAUUAAUGGAGGGUUACUCUUGUCCAACUUGUCGAAGGCCACUCUUUCUUUCAUCUCAAGGGCAUACUAGGUCUGCAACGACAGAGGUAGCAAACGUUCAGCUAAUUGCGGAACAGCUAAAUAUGGGGUUAAAUCAGCAGAGGGUUCCUGGUCAUGAACAUCCUGUUGAACAGCAGAAUCCUUCAGAUGCUGUUUGGAGAGGUGCUGGUCUUGAUUCUAGCUGGGCACCACCCUGGUCGAGCCCUGGAAUGGAUGAUCCCAGUUCCUCCAGUGCAGUGAGAUCUGUGGGGCUUACCGGAGUUCAAAUGAUGAUGAGACAGUUUGCUUCUGUGAGUGAUAAUUAUGGGCGUACAGAUGCCACCUGGAAUCUAUGGCCCGAUGCAAUGGCUGGUCCUUCAAUUGUUCCAGCGUCUUCCUCGAGGCCUGAUGGUGCUUCUGCUGCUGGCUUGCGGUUCCGAGGAGCUACUGCAGGAACAAUUAAUGGAAGCACGUCGCAAAUUAAUUCCAUGGUAGAUAGAGUACGCGAGGUUUUACCCCACAUGCCUGAUGAGCUAAUUCUGGAGGAUCUGAUGAGAACUAAUAACGUGAAUGCCACUGUGAAUAAUCUUCUGCUGAUGCAGUGAAAGGAUGAUACAACGUAGAACUGGCUAUAAGUUUAUAUAUACAAAAAGUCUUGUAUAGUUAAAGAUGAGCUGGGUGUUAAAUCACCGCUGGUUCUUGUAAGAUGUUUAUUUUGUUCAACAUGGAUAAAAUGUGCCAGCUUUGUAUAGUAAAGUUAUUCCCAGUAUAGUUGUAGUAUAUGUAGAAAGAUGCAGAUGCUACCACCCGAAUAAAAUUCCCAUAGUUUGCAUGUGUUGUCAGUAUCAUGAAAAUUAAUGUUUGCAGGCUCUGAA